UCGCUGUCUCCGCCCCACCAGGCCCCUCCCCCCGGCCGGAGCAGGCCGCCCUCCCUGUCUCUUCCUGCUGCCGCCUGUGUGGGUGAGGUCAGAGGGUCCGGGGCCUGCUCACUGUCCGCCGCUGCCGUGUACCGAGCUCUCCUCCUCCUCCUGCCGCCAUACUCCCCAACCGCCGCCCGCAGCACAGCCCGCACCCAGCCGCCGCCCGCACUGUGAUUAUGCACAAGGAGCACCUGGCCCAGGAUGAGAACAGCAACCCGCGGGAGGGCCCUGUGAGCCGGAGGAAGGACAGGCUGAGCCCCUGCGAGCACGACAUGAACCAGCUCAACCGGAGCCGGCCCAAGCCAGGCACCUGGGAGUCUAACGGAUUUGGGCCGGGCCCAGAAAUCGAGACGUUAGCAGGCCGCACCGAGGAGAGCGUCCCUCUCAGCCCCUCCAACUCUCUUAACCUACGUCACCUGCGAGGCUGUGAGAAGGACCCCUCCGGCCGGCAGCUCCAGCGUUCCCCUUCCUCCCAGUACCAUCCCAACUACUACCCCACACACCACCAUCACUAUCGCACAUCUUAUUCUGGGCACCGCAAAGGCUACUGGGACUAUGAGAGCCAGUACCGGGAUGGCAAACGUAAAGCUUGGGUGCCCAGACCUGGCGGGGGUGCCCACACGCAACGCCCCAGGAACCGUGAGGCCUUAAACUCCACAGAAGGCUCGUGCGCUGAUGUUAGGCCCGAGCAGACUGCAGGAGAGAAAAGCAAAAGUGUGCAAGGUGGAGCUCUUACCCGUCAGCCCUCUCCCCCCACAGAGAAGGAGCCGGCCACAGACAACUGGUUGCUUUUUAAGCCCCUGCCGGUGUUUCCUGUCGACAGCAGUAGCGCAAGAACACAGCCUAAAAUCAGCUACGCCAGCAAGGUGAAAGAAAACCUGGACGCCAGAGGAUUGGUGCCUAGUUCAGCCCUCCGGACCUCCAAUACCCUGCCCAACUGCCUGCUGAAUGCUGCCCAGGCGGAACCCCAUAGUGACGGCUCAUCCCCAACCCCUACACAGCCCGCCGGCUCCCUCUCCUCCUCUUCCUGCUCUUCCCUUUCCUCCACUCCCCCAUCCCCCGUCAGCCAGGAAAACCUGGGCGCCAUUUUCCAGAACGAGUGGGGGCUAUCCUUUAUUAAUGAACCAGGAGCCGGCCAGGCCCCGGCAGAGGCGAGGGAGCCUCAGAGAGAGUCUGGCGGGGGAGUGGAGGGCGGCGGUGGUGGUGGCUGCGCCGAUGUUCCUCCAGUAUCUGCUUUGGUGCGCCUGUCCCAUGGAUUCUUUAUAGAAGGGGCGGAUCCAGAGGAGGUUCAGAUGGACAAUCCUCAAGAUUGGGAAGCCAUGGUCACCUACAGCUUGCAAGAGUGGAAUCGAGUCUGGAACUUACACAAGAAAGAUCCCUCCCGUGUAGUUGUAUAUGCAGAGUCCAUGGAUGGAGAAGGUUAAUCGUACCCUCAGGUGGGGCCGCAGAAGUGAGUCCCCACGAGGCCUGUACCUCCGACACACAAACCCCACUCCCCAUGAAACGGUCCGCAGAGCGGGAAUCAAGACGCGCCACUGAGUUCGUGCCCCAUGAGAGACCACCAUACACCCAGCUUUGCUGUGCCCUCCAUGCAGAAGGGGGUGAAGGUGGCAUUUCUUGGAGAAUUUGGUUUUACAGUUUUCUUUUGUCCCCUCCCUCCAUCCUGUUUUGUUUUUUCUUCUUCUGCCCCAUUGCUGCCCUUUUUGCGCUUUUCUGGCUACUGCUCCAGUGUGAGAGGGCUGAGUCGGGUAAUAGUCCCACAUAAUCCUCGCAGCUGGGGGUCCCUGCGCUGUCGCCAUCCUAAGGCUGCCGAGAGGGGAACUGCUGCUGGCUUGGACUCUCCAGAACCUGCAGAUACAGAAGACACAGCUCUUUCUCUCACCUACUUAGUCCUUUUCCUUGUAAGCCCUUUUUGGUGUUGCCCUUCCUUUAGUGGGAGGCGACAUUCUGCCUCCAGGCUGCGUUGCGGUGCAGAAGUGUACCCGUACGCCGGCAGAUAACGGCGCUGGGCACACUCUGUACCGCUCGGCAUCAGUGUCUCCAGAAUUGUAGAGCAAGAAUCCUGACAGGAAGCGGUUUCCUGUAGAAUUGCGAUGCACCUUCCUUUCAGAUUUUUCUGUAACUUAAUUGAACCCUUAUCACGCUAAAUUGUGGCUGAGGUACCAAACCCAAACUGGCAAUUGGUUACAUGCUGGCCUGGGAUUUAUAUUGUGAUUAAAAUCCGUUUUAUUACC